AACAGCCGAGAUCACAAUCAAAUACGUCGGAGAUUCGCCGGUUUUUUAAUAAUUCAUUUUUAGUCAGCAUAUUAAUUCCGCAAGCUGGUUUCUGUAUUAUAUAAUAACAAUGAUUUAUCACAAUCGGUGCAAGCGCGCGUAGUUUGACAACAACAUCCUAACGUUGUAUUGUCAUUAUUGCAUGUGUUGGUUCCGCUGUCGCUAAUAACACUUUUAUUUCCAAUGUGUGAUUGCAAUCCUCUUAUAACCAUCUACAGAUACUCAUUUGUGGGUGUUGUGCAAUGCCAAAACUUGGUGUCUGAAGACCGGCCGGUAUCCCGAUUUUAUCAGAUAACAUCCAGCGGUCCUUUUAAUGUUACGAUAGCGAUGGGAAAAACCGAAGGACUAACAAUAGAAGCCAGUCAAGAAAUUAUCGGGUACGUCCAGACAGUGGUGGAAGGUUUAGCGCUUAACCUCCGCUUUGCUCCUGACCUUCCCACCAACAUAAGCACCACUGACCCCAUCAAUAUUUCCAUCAACGCCAAGAUAAUCACGAAUCUGGUCUCCAGUGGCACCGGUCCUAUAACCUUCUCAACGCCGUGGAAAGCCAAAGAUGUGCAGAUUAUUCUUAGCGGAACCGGUGACAUCACUGCACCGGUUAAUCUGAACAACGUCAACGCCGUUCUCAGUGGCACCGGCAACGUGAAUAUUAAUGGAAAAUGCAAGAACGUUAACAUUUCCGCCAGUGGCAUCGGUGCUUUCAAUGGAGCUGAUCUGCACGCGCAACAGGUAAAUGUGGCCAUAUAUGCGUCGUCCGUGGUCAGUAUUUACGUGGAGAACGGACUGUCGGCAUGGAUCCCGGGAUCCGGACAAGUUAUCUAUGGAGGCAGUCCCCAAGUUAAUCAGCAAAUUACCGGAAGUGGAUCGGUUAUGCGAGCGGAUCAGGUGGAAUAGCGAACAAGCAAAAUUUCCCGAAAUACCUGACUUAUAGGUGCUCUCAUUUGCAUGAUGGUAGACGCUGCGGUUUUUUUUAAAGUUUUGUGUAUUCAGCUUAAUUUGUGCGCUGUUUAAUCUAACAGCAAACUGCAACCCUGCUUGAAAUAUUUCGGUGUAUUAUUAAACACGUCAGC